CUCAGUGCCAACCACAACAUCCUGCAGAUUGUAGACGUCUGCAAUGACAUGGAGAAGGAAGACAAACUGAUCCGUUUGUUGGAGGAGAUAAUGAGCGAAAAGGAGAACAAGACCAUUAUUUUUGUGGAGACCAAAAGGCGUUGUGAUGAGCUCACCAGGAGGAUGAGAAGAGACGGGUGGCCGGCAAUGGGGAUUCAUGGAGACAAGAGCCAGCAGGAGAGGGACUGGGUCCUUAAUGAGUUCAGGUAUGGCAAAGCUCCAAUCCUCAUCGCGACAGAUGUGGCCUCCCGUGGAUUGGAUGUGGAGGAUGUGAAAUUUGUCAUCAAUUAUGACUACCCUAACUCCUCCGAGGAUUAUAUCCACCGCAUUGGACGCACAGCCCGCAGUCAAAAAACGGGCACAGCCUACACCUUCUUCACCCCCAACAACAUGAAACAAGCCAGCGACCUGAUCUCUGUGCUCCGCGAGGCCAACCAGGCCAUUAACCCCAAACUCAUCCAGAUGGCAGAGGACAGAGGAGGUCGUGGAAGGGGGGGAAGAGGAGGCUACAAGGAUGAUCGUCGGGAUAGGUAUUCUGGGGGUGGGAGGAGCAGCUUUGGUGGUGGUAGCUACAGGGAUAGGGACGGUGAUAGAGGGUUUGGCGGGGGGCCCAAGAGUGCCUUUGGCGGCAACAAGGCUCAAAACGGUGGCAGCUAUGGGGGUAACAGCGGUAACUCUAGUGGUAGCUAUGGCAACAACAAUUAUAAUAACAGCAACGGACAGGGUAAUUUUGGUGGUCCGCCAAACCAGGUGGGUGCCUUUGGUAACCAAAGCUUUCAGGGGCCCCCUCAGUUCGGGGCCAUGCAGAGGGCCGCUCAGAAUGGUAUGAACCACCCUCCAUUCCCGUUCAGCUCGCAGCCGCCACCACAGGCCCAACAGCCACCACCCCCUCCGCCAAUGGUGCCCUACCCCAUGCCGCCACCUUUCCAACAGUAGAUCAUAUUCGCACAAUAAAUGGAACCAACAUGAUUUUUGUUCAGUCCUGAAAUCUUACAGGAUGAUGAUGAUUAUUCUUAUUAUCCUUUGUACUGUUUAACUUUGUUUUGCUUACAGCAGGGUUGGAAUUAUUCAAUACACCCAGAGCAUUAUUUGACUAUAGUGCAACUUUGAUUGCGGCACUUUUCCUUGACUGUUUUUUUUUUUUGUUACAUUCCUCAGUAACUUAUUUUUACUAGGUAAUGCAGUGUUUUCAGUUUGUGGUAUGUUUAAAGUGAUAUAAUGAGGAUCGUAUAAAAAAGGGUACGUGUUGGCCCUUUUAAAUAAAAAUAAGAAAAUGGGA